GUGCGGUGGGGCGGGACGCUCAAGGUGUUGGAUGUGAGCCAGAGCAGCCACGUGACGGACGCGGGGCUGCUGCACGUGGCGCACAGCUGUACGGCGCUGACCACCCUGGACGUAUCAGGCACCAGCAUCACCGACUGGGGAGUGCGCUGCUUGCUGGCGGCCAGAUGCGGCGGACGUGGAGGCGGAGGAGGUGGGGGCAGCGGAGGCAUCCAGGACAGCGCUGCGGCUGCUGGCGGCGGCGGCGGUCACGCAGCAGCUGGUACUCCUAUCGGCACUCUUCCCCAGCCCAGCAGCAGGCUCGGCGGCAGCAGUGGCGGUGGCGGCAGGGGGAGACGCCCCUUGGUGGAUCUGGUAUCUGAGGAAGAGGAGGAGGAGGAGGAAGCGGGUGAUGGCAAGCAGGAGAGAGGAAGCGCGGGUGGAGGGCUGCGGCACUUGGAUAUCGACAGCUGCAGAGGGGUGGCUCG